GCAUCCACCGCCCCACAACUGAUAGGAGGAUUGAUAUUUUGAUCAUGACAGCUCCAAAGACCGCAGAGAAGUAUAAUUCCCAAGCCUCCGCCUACGAGGCGUACAUAUUCCAUACACCGGUCGGCCGGCUCGAGACCGAGCUCUACCUAACAGCACUGGGCGACGCGACCGGCCUCACGGUGCUCGACCUGGGCGGAGGCACCGGUCUGCGAGCCCGCCAGGCCGUUGAGCGCGGCGCCGCCCGGGUUGAUGUGGUCGACAUAUCAUCCGGGAUGAUGCGGAUUGGCAAGGACCAUGCCGAGCGGUCUGGCCUGGGCGACCGCAUCCGCUGGUUCGAGGCAGAUGUCUCCCAGCCGCUGGGGGCGUCGCAGGAGGACCUCAAGCAGUGGGAGGGCCGCUACGACAUCGUGCUGGCGAACUGGGUCUUUGACCACGCCUCCAGCCGCGAGAUGCUCGAGGGGAUGUGGCAGAACGUGGCAGCCUUUUUGCGACCUGGCGGGAGGUUCUUGACUGUGUACCUGUACAACGCGCGCAUUGGUAACGAAGCUACUGGUGAUCAGUACGGUAUCUUGCUCAAGAACUUCGAGCAGAUCCCGGGUGGGUUGAAGUACUGGUGUGUCCUGGGCGGCAACGAUCCGCCUAUGGAGUUUGAGGCAACGUCCAUGGAAGUCAUGUAUUCUGGAUCUACGGAACUGUUCGACAAGUUUGAGCUGGAGGGGGUGAGAGCUCUGAAAUUGGAGGAUACGAAGACUGUACAAAGUGAUCCGCAGUUCUGGGAACCUGUCGUCCAGCGUCCCUUCUUGAAAUAUGUUACAGCUCAGAAGAAGGCGGCGCCAGGAGGCUCCGGUCAUUAACCGAGUCGGACAAGUUUUAAUUUCAUUGCUAUUUUAUCUCUUGUCAUCGAAAUUCUCCAUGUACCUAGGGCUUGUCAAAUUAGGGCAUCCCCUC